AUGAAGAAGAAGACCAAGGCGCUUUGGAUUAACCGAAUCACAGCCGCUUCCCAAGAACAUGGCUUGAAGUAUCCCUCGUUCAUUAGCAAUUUAAUCAAGUGUCAGGUGGAACUCAACAGGAAAGUCCUUGCUGACUUGGCUAUUUACGAACCCAAGACUUUUAAGUCCUUGGCUGCUUUGGCCAAGAGGAGGAGAGAAGAAGGCCUCGCAGCUGCGCUGGGGGACGAGAAGGAGCCGGCGGGGAUAUUUUCCCGGGUGGUGCAUUAUCAGUGAAGGCGCUGGAGCCAUGGCCACCACCAGCGCCCAGGCGCUUUGCCCAAGGGAGGACUCGGGGUAACUGUCAGUUACACCAAUAACAACAAUGAGCAGUAUAAGAGCUCCCUCAAACUAUUCCAGUUCUUUCGUAAUUGUGUCUUUUCACAUUUCAGGAGCACAGCAGAAAGGUAGCUGGGCUUUUACCAGGUGGGAGGAUGGGGGAGCCCUUUUCUUGCUGGAAACUCUAAAGGAUUCAUUCCUUAGGUUUUCUGUUAAACAAAGGGCAGACUUUACAAAUGUAUUCUGGAAGAGAUUAUCAAAUAAAGCUUUUAUAACAUAGA